UCGGUGGGGAGAUCCUUCUCCGGGUCGGCUCUUCCGUGGGGCGCCCGCCCCUUUCGCUUUCCGAGCCCUCCCUUCAUCUCGUCCCGCCGCCGACCCUUGAAGCUUGGUGGGCCGCGGAGGGAAGGCGGGGGACGUCAGUGCCGAGUGGGCUGGUCCAGGGCAAGGCAGGGCAGAGCGAGACAGCCUCGCUUUACACGGCUCCUUCCCUCCCGCGGGAAGCAGCAGCCGCCCUUCUGGACUGGCCGCGCCGAGGCCUGGCGGAGAGGAGGCUUGGGACCGAGGUGACCCGAAGGGCUCCGCGGAGGCGCGCUCAGGGACGCUUUCUUCCCGGCUUUGGGAAUUGACUGGCUGAGAGGGAAGGCUGCGAGCAGCGGCCGUGGACGGCGGAAACAUCCUUUCUGAAGGGCAGUCCUCUUUUUCUCAAAAGGAAGGACUCUGAUAUAUUGAUCAGGUGUGGAGUGUCAAACCAGAGGCAGUCCUCGGGGUUGAAACGUCAUAUGCCAGUAUGACUAUUAGCACAGAUGUACACACUUCAGACCUUGGCAGUCAAAGAAGAGGAAGAGAGAAAGAAGAUGUUUAGAGUCAACAACGAAACUGCUUGCAUGACUACCGCCUUCCAAGAGUGCCUUCAGUUUCUGAAGUAGAAGAAUAAGUGAACAGAAAAAAGGAUUACAUAUUAUAUUCCUUUUUCUUUUUAACCACUUGGGAUUUUAGUCUUUGAAUUGACGUGGCCACAAGCACUGGAUAGCAAUAUGUGUCAUGUCAUUGUUACUUGUCGCUCAAUGUUAUGGACACUCUUGAGUAUUGUUGUGGCGUUUGCAGAGCUCAUAGCCUUCAUGAGUGCGGAUUGGCUGAUUGGCAAGGCCCAGCCUGGAAGUUUUCAGGACACAGACAGCAGGAGGGCAGGAUCAAUGGAUCCCUACCGUCCCACCUUGGGGAUCUAUGGACGUUGCACCAGAAUUGAGCACCUCCAGUCUUCCAUGCCUGAUACAUCUUGUGGCCCCUAUGCAGAUAACUUCAGUGAGAUUGCCAGUGGGUUUUGGCAAGCUACUGCUAUUUUUCUUGCUGUGGGGAUCUUGAUACUCUGUGCAGUUGCAUUCGUUUCUGUUUUCACCAUGUGUGUACAGAGUAUUAUGAAGAAAAGUAUUUUUAAUGUCUGUGGGCUGCUACAAGGAAUUGCAGGACUAUUCCUUAUCCUAGGGUUGAUCUUAUACCCUGCUGGUUGGGGUUGUCAGAAGGCAAUAAGCUAUUGUGGACCUUAUGCUUCAGCUUAUAAACUUGGUGACUGUUCUUUAGGCUGGGCUUUCUACACUGCUAUUGGUGGCACAGUCCUGACAUUCAUCUGCGCAGUCUUCUCUGCCCAAGCCGAAAUCGCCACCUCCAGCGACAAAGUCCAAGAGGAAAUUGAAGAAGGAAAAAGCCUGAUUUGCCUCCUAUAACAUACUCUUCUCCCCCCAUUUUUUUUUCUUAUCUCAAAAAUAAUGGAUUUGAAGUAGCUACUUGGACUCUUAUAGGAAGAAUGAAGACAUGUAAGUGUUCCAAUAGUCCAACAACAUAGAAGGUUGAAAGGCACUGAAGUCUACAGACAGUAUUAAAAAAUGUGAAGUAAGAAUUCUGACACAUGGAUAUGAAAGAAUGCCACAAAGCAAACCUGUUGGCUUUCCAAUUAUUCUGGAAACAAUUAUUUCUAUUUUGUCUUCACCAAGAUGAAUUAUUAUGAAGGAAUUUUUGAACAAUAACGUCAGGUUGUUUUCAGUGCAUACAUUUUAAGACAGGCUCCAGUGUCAAAAUGGAAAGCACUACACUAUUAAGUUACUCCGUAGCAUCUUUUCAGAAAGCAGGUUAUGAAUAUUAAAAACACAUAGUAUUCUGGGUUGUAUGCAGUGGCGCGUGGAAAGAAUAUGUCUUAAUAAAGAAGCAAGACUUCCAGUUGAAACUAGGGAAUACAAUUUCCUUUAAGCAAUAUUUUAAAAGCAUUGCUCAAUGCACACCUGAGGCACGGAACUAUGAUAAUUUACGAGGGUAGCUGUGAGAACAUAAGCUAAAUUACUUUUAUUUUCAUUACACAGAUAGUUCCAUUAUUUGGUUAAUUAAUCUGGGUAGAUAUGUAUAUCUAUGGGGAAAAUUUAGACUCUUGUAUAUCUAAUACUGAACUCGAGAUUUGUCUUCAAAAGAAGACAAAUAUAGGCAUCCUCUACUAUUGGUCCAGUUGUAACCAAGAUCAUUGCUGGUCCUUUCCAAGUCCCACCAUUGCCUUUGAGUCCAUUUCAAGCACAAAUGGCCAUUGUGCUCAUCUAACAACAGAUACCACAUGCCUAAACUGUGACCAUAUGUUACUCAAUGCUUUUGGGACUUUUUAGUUGCAUCUAUAAGUGUAUUGAUUGAUUUUUUCAAAAAAAUGAGCCUUUUGCAUUCGUCAAAUAUGUAAAAAUGUUCCGAGAACGUAAUGUACUACACUGCAGUGAUGGCUGUAGAAAAAGAAAUGAUGGGAGAACUAAUGCCUAAUGUCCAGAUCCUCAAUUUUUAGAUUAGCCUUAUUAACAUUGAUAUUUAAUGUAUCUUUUGAUAGACAGAAAUAAUACAUUGUAGUUUAAGUUGCCAGGAUGAAAUAACACAUCAGAUUCUGAAUAGUAACUUAUUUCUAGCACAUCUUCUAAAAUUAAAUUUUGAAUCUCCAGCGAAGAGGAAUGUACUGUACUGUCUAACUCAGGAUUUUUGUGAAUAGCCACUUCUUUAACCACUGCUAUAAAUAUUCCAAAGAGCCAUUUGUGAAUUAACUGUGUACAUGCACAUUUUACAAUGUUGUUAACUCAGUGAGCACCAACACUGUUCAUGGGGGCUUAAUCGAACCCAAAUUGCUUUUGCAGAAUUGCUGUCAUAAUACCACUUGUUCAGAACAUGUUGCUUUCACAAUAGAACCAUGAAAAGGAGGCUGAACUGUCCACAUUUAAAACAGUGAAUACUGAAGUUUACUAAGGAAUUAUGCAGACUGAUCUGCAAUCUGAUUAUAAAGUAUGGUAAUAAGCAUGGACCCAGAAUGGGGUCCAAAAAAACCCCUUACCUAUUCUGGAAAUCUGGCAGAUUAACUUUCCUAGUUUCAAGUGUAAAAUAAUAGAUAUAAGCCAAAUUAUGGCUUGAUACUUUUUACGACCAGGUGCUUGAGAAAUCCUCACUCAUCAGCAAUCCAAAACAGGGUUGGUGGCUGGGCUGGAGUUAACUAGUAAAAUUUUGCUUGAAGUUCUAGUAUAAAAUUCCACUUGGAGCACAAGAAAUAUCUAUGCUGGAGUAAUAUGCAAUUUAUUUUCUCUUUGGUACUGUAACAUUUUUGUGUUGUAGAAAUUAAUUACUAAGAUUGGACUAGAAUCAAAAAUUUCAAAUUAGAGUACUUUUUAGUGUCAUUAAAGAUAUAUUUAAAAGAUAUGUAUGUUCACAUACAUACUGUACAUUUAGAAGUACAAAUGUAGCAUUGUUUUAUAGAGUAAAAUUUAAUUUGAUACUGCCCCCACACAUUGUUACCUGGGCAGUCCUUGUUUAACUAUGAUCAUUGGGAUUGGCAACUCCUGUCAUUAAGUAAUGUGGCCAUAAAUGACACAUGACCACACCAUUCUACAACUGUAAUUGUAACAGUUCCAGUUGUCAUCAAUACGCAAAUCCUGCAGAGUUAAGCACAAUGUCAUGUGAUGGCCAUUUGCCACCUCCUGCAGGCUUCUCUGUUGACUCUGCUUGUUGGAAGCUGGUAAUGAGGGUCACAAAUGGCAACCAUAUGACCGUGGGACUCUGCAGCCAAAGGUGGGUGACAAGUGCCUAAAUAAAAAAUGUGACCUCAUGGAUACUGCCACAGCCACAACUGUUAAGGUAGCAAGUCUCCUUGUCCAGUGCUGCCAUAAUUUUGAACAGCCACAAAAUGUAUGGUCAUUAGUCAAGGACUAUCUGUAUCUGCAGAGUGACUAUGAUCAAGUGUACGAAUACUUCUGUCUAAAUAUGCACAUCAUUGGCAACCAGGCUCUCUUAAUUAAAAAUGCAUAACCAGCUCUUCAGUGUUUUAAAAUUCUACAUUCUGAAAAGGCAUUUUGGAAAUUAGUUGAGAAUAGCAGUUAAAGAAGAAUAAAUAUUGGCCUCCUGAUAUGAAAAUAUUUUUUACAUUUUUCAUCCCCAUUGCCUUUCUAUUUUGCUUUUGCACAAUCUCAAGAUGAUUUUUGAAUAGAAAAGUUUGAAACAGUUCAGCAGUUUCAUAGCACGUUUUAAAAAUUAAAAUCUGGAACAAAAUUCUCUUCUUCCUUCUUUGAAUUGGCAUCAAAGAAAAUCUAUCAGAUAUUUUGAACAAACAGCUUUUAUAAGACAAUAGCAGAAGUGAUAACUUCAUAUUAUACCCAAACAUUUUUUUUAAAGAAAAGGUACUAAUCCCAACAAAACAUUAUUCUGCAUACUUCUCUUCAAGCAUUUCCAAUACAGUUGCAAAAUUGGUAUACUGAUUUCAUACAAUGCAUUCUAGUUCUCCAACAAUUGAUUAAAAAUCACUCAAGUAUAUUCAUUGAUUGUUCAGCAAAUUUAAAUAAAAAUACGUUUCAACAGAAGAGAGCAGGCUUCAUACAAGCAAACAUUAUUUUAUACAGGCAUCCAGUAUUGUAUAAGGGGAAAUAAUAUAGGGUGAUGUCUAUGGGAUAUAUGCAUUAUCUAUCUGUAAGAUAUCUUUUCAGAAUUUAAUCUCAUUUGAUUACUUACGUCAACCAAAUGUGUCACUUUUUCAGAUCCAAACCUAUUGUUUUUGUUGAGUGAUAAUACCCCAAUACAUUGUAAUCUAUUUUAUUAGGAAAACAUUACAAUAAAAGUGAACCCUUAUUUCAUUAGAAAGAUCUUUAUAGUUAUAUAAAAAGAUGGGAUUGCUAAUAGUUUACUGCACACUUCUGUGUCUUUAAUCGUCAGCCUCCCUGAAGCCUCUGAGUUUCAGGGUACCUGGUGUUAUGAGGCAGGAAUAAAAAGGAAGGGACACCAGGUAGAAGUAAGCAGAAGAUAGGUGGGCAGGGGGAUAGAGGUAAGUAAGGAAAAUUCACUUUUUCUAAUCCCAAUGCAUUAACUUUACUCUUUUUUUGAAAUUUAGCAAAUUAUAUUUGUUAUAAUCUUAAUGAAAUUUCCUCUGCAAAAGUUCUGCAGCUUGCAGAACUCUUAAUGUUGGAGAAUCGCAACUCCUAGCAUUGACCUCCUUUUUGAGAAGGAUACUAGCAGUUGUAAUUCACAGCAAAAUGAAGUAUAAUAGCUUGUUUACUUUAAAAACAAGCUUGAAAAUAUACUAAACAGGGAUGCAUGCAGACUAGGUAACAUAGGCCCUAGCAGAUAUGCUGGAUAUUUUUUUUCCUAAUUCUGCCAUUACUUUACAGUACUUAACAUUUUAACCACAACACCAUUUCCAUCUGAUGCAGUUACCAUAGAUCCUAUACAUGUUUGAUAACUCUUAUUUUUAAUUGAAACUUUAGCCAAUGAAAUCUUAUGCAUAAACAUUGGAACAAAUAGGGCUACCAGGUUGGAGCUAUAAAGACAACCACAGAUGAUAGAUGCAGAAAACUUACAAUUUCCACGACCUUCCAGAUUUUUAUAGUUCAGAUACAGUAGCUCUACAAUAACUGAUAUAGCGUGUGCAAGAUCUACAGUAUGGUAUUGUAUUUCUGAUAGCUGGAGUAAUAAUGUUUUUGUAUUACUGCAGAGUCUGUAAAUUGGGAGUGAUAUUUCUGGGAAAAUAUAUGGCACAAUUUUAUCAGUUGAAUAUUCAGUAUCACAACUUCAGGCUUAUAUGCAAUAUCCUACAUAUUUUCUGCAUUUGAAUAAUUAGGCCACUAUGUUCCCAACAAGCAAAAAUGUAUGGUUUAAUAAAUCUUUUCAGUAUUUCUUUCUUUUUAAAUUAAAUAUAUUUUACAGAAUACUAUAUUAAUGUCACACAAUGGCACAUAUUACUUCUUUUUAAUUCAUAUUACUUUAAAUCAAGAAAUGGUUGGUGAUUAAACCUGUGUUCAGACAGCUCAAAAUAAAACACUGUGGAUAAAUGAUUUUAUAACAUUUAUUGUGUUAUUUUCCAUUGCAAUUUUCAGAUAAUAAAUUCAAAUUAUGUGUAUAAUAUGCAGGAAGGACUUUAAAACUGAUUCGAAAGAGUCCAGAAUGGCAUAUCUUUGUGGAAAAGGAAAGCCACUGCAAUAUUAUUUAACCAUUACUAUAGAAUAUUUCUGUGAGAGGAGAAAAAGGAUGUUAAAAAUACAGUGAAACCUUGAUUUAACAGUUCAACUGGGGGGAAGGGAUAUCUUUUAUUCCUAAUUGUCCAUUAAAUCAGAGUAUAUAAUCUGUGGUGACAUUAUGCAAAAAUAUACAAUGCAUAUAUUUUUCAUUAUAGCAUAUCAUUUGUGUAACCUUAUUAAGCAAAUGAUAUAAAAGCAACAUAGGUAUAUAAUGGGAAUUUUAUCCAUAGCAUCUGAUGUCUAUUGCACUCAGGUCUGUUAAAUCAAAACUUUACUGUAUUGUAAUAAGAGAUUUCCAAAUCUUUUGAAAUCUGGUUAUUCCAAGCUUACUAAUUUAUAGUAUAUUGUCUCAAUGUGAAAGGUAUUCACAUAUCUAGAAACUCAUGAAUUGAUUAAAGAGAACAGUAAAGUCACUUGAUGAGCUACAGUGUGCUGUUGGGCUGCAUUGCUAAUUUAAUUUUCUACAAUAUUAGUAAUUCUUUGUCUAAUAAACUAUGAUUAACACCUGAAGGUUUGUGUCAAUUUAUUUCUGAUUUUGUUACAUUAGUACGGUAGUAAUACAGUGUUCUGAAAGGUGCCUAAACCAGGCAAUCUGUUAAAAAAAAGGGCAAAUUAAAUUUUUACUUUCUGAGUACAAAAAGAAACGGUUGUAUUUGCACUAUGCCAGACUUGGUCCACAAAAGGUUCUUUCAUGAUAUAUGAUGAGCUAACAAAGAUACUAGAUUUCUUUCUUCCAAACAAGUAGCCAUUUGAAGCCAACAAUCAGGCAAUUCUUUGUUCAGUCACUUUCUUUCUCUGGCAUCUGGUACAUACACCAUCUCCAGCAUAUCAUCAGGAAGAUCACUUGCCAUGCUACUUGGUCAUGCUAAGCCAGAAUUCUUUAGAAGGUUGGUUUUGCGGGAAAAUACAACCCAUGAUGAUCUGUUAGAAUCAAAUCGAAACAGCUGGACAGCAUAAAUUUCAUAAAAGUUUACAACUCUCUAUCAAAAAAUUGGAUAAAUAACUUUAUAACAGAUUCAUUUCUUUUCAAAUGCUACAUGCUGGAAAAGACAAAAGUUCAGAAAAAUUGUGGAAUGACUUUACCAGUUCUCUAAACUUUCUUUUCAUAAAUUAUAUACAAAUGACCAACGAAUAUACCUCAUUAUUCCUUUUAUGAUGCAGUUUUCACAUGAAGAUAAUUACUACUAUGAAAUAAUCUUAUACACCCUUGGAAUCCUGCUUCCUAAAAUACUUUUACUUCUUACAUCAAGUUUUCUAUGAUUUCCUGUGAAAUGCAAACUCUGCAUCAAUACAGGAAGUUUAUGGUCAAUUAUUACAUGGAAGAGAAGCCAAUAAGUGAAUAAUUAAAUAAUUUCCAUUGCAUUUUGAUAAUCAGGAACACACAAAAUACAUUUAUUCUAAUAAAGCACGUUAAAAAGUUUUCACUGAAUGCUGAAAAUGAAACAAACUAUUUAGAACUAUUCUAAAAACCUUGAAAGACACUUUCAGUAUUAUGACAGCCUAGGAGCAUCUUCUCAAUGUACUGUACUGAAAAUUAAAUUUUACAUUUUUAAUGUCACUUUGCAAGCUAUAAAUACUUGCUUUAAAAAAAAAAAAUCACAAAAUGGAGUGUUUUGCAUUGCCUCCUUAUUGGCCAUGUAUAAUUGGUAGCUACAAAUUUAUGAAACAAGCAAUGAAAAGGAAAUUCAUCUGCCGUUACUGAUGUGCAGAGUUUACUCCAACUGUAAACAGAUCAACAAUCUUGUUUCUAGGGGAAACACUAAUUGCUUAUAGGAAGAAAAGUCUAAUGGCACCUUAAUGGUUAAGUUUUAUUACUGCAUAAGCUUUUAUGGACUAUAGUUCAUUUAUUUGCCUUUUCCAAUGACGUACAUGCUAAUGAACCAUUUCUAUAACCCAAUGGAUAAUUAACUGUUAAGUGUUUUGUGGAAAUGGCCAAACUUGGUUUGUUUUCCUGCACUGACAGAUUAAGUACAGAAUAAUCAUUUCAUCAUCAUUGUCCUACUACAGCUAUUUUAACGUUCAUAGUAUUAUCAAGUAAAAAUAUA